CCAGCAGAUGGCGCUCUAACGAUCAUAUAUAAAAACAUCACGAGCAGCUGCAUUAACACGCUGUGUGUACUGUCAAAUAGUAAAAAUGACUGACCGCAGUGGAAAAUGUAACAUUAUGAAGUUAGUCAAAAUUGUGUCUUUCGGUUUAUUAGUCGUUGUUUUAGUAUGUUUCGUUGCAGCCACUUUAAGGACACUGACGUUUGACGUGAAUUCAGGACUUCAACUUGCACACUGGGAGAAGACGAGGAACAUUGCGUCUGACAUAAACCAGCACCAGCGAAAGGAGCUUCUUGCCAAUUUCAGAGAGGCCAUCCAGAUUCCCACGGUGUCAACAUCGAAGACGCAGCUCAACAUCACCGCACUGGGCGAGUUCAACAGCCUGCUGAGGAAAGUUUUCCCUACAGUUUUCUCUUCCCACCUGGUCCAGCAUGAGGUUGUGGCCAACUACAGCCACCUGUUCUGGGUGCCUGGCUCUGACCUGGCCCUGGUCCCCUACAUGCUACUGGCCCACAUAGAUGUGGUGCCUGCUGAUGAGAACGAUGGAUGGGAGGCCCCACCAUUCUCUGCAAAGGAGAUGGAUGGAUUCAUCUAUGGUAGAGGGACCAUCGAUAACAAGCAGUCCGUCAUGGGAAUCCUCCAGGCGCUGGAGUACCUGUUGAUAAGAGGUUAUUCUCCGCAAAGGGGAUUCUUCAUUGGUCUGGGUCAUGAUGAAGAGGUGGGUGGCUUGCAGGGGGCCAUGAACAUAGUGAAGGUGCUGAAGAAGAAAGGGGUGCAGCUGGCAUUUGUACUGGAUGAGGGUCUGGCUGUGCUGGAUGGAGUCAUCAGUGGUCUACAGGGGCCUGCUGCUCUGAUUGGGAUCAGUGAGAAGGGACAAGCCACGGUGAAACUGAGUGUCUUUAAGGCCCCGGGUCACUCCUCCAUGCCUCCCAGAGAGAGCAGCAUCGGCAUCCUGGCUGGAGCUGUCAAAAGGUUGGAGGACAACCCUAUGCCCAUAUUGUUUGGUGAAGGCCCUGAGCGCAGGACCUUUGAACACCUAGCUCACAGGUUUGGACUCCCAAUUAAGUUUCUCAUGUCAAAUAUGUGGCUGUUCUCUCCACUUAUUGGCAGAGUAAUGGAAAGAAGUCCUGACACAAAUGCUUUUUUGAGAACCACAACUGCAGUCACCAUGUUCAACUCAGGUGUUAAGGUGAAUGUUCUUCCCUCCCUCGCUGAGGCCUAUGUGAAUCUGCGGAUACAUCCAGCACAGACCGUACAAGAGGUUCUGGAGUUCAUCCAAUCCACAGUGGGAGAUGAGAGAGUGAAGAUGGAGCUGGUGAAUGGCUUUGACCCACUGCCUGUCAGCUCGUAUGAUGAAACAUCCUUUGGGUUCCAGACCAUCAAGAAGACCCUGCUGGACCAGUUCCCACAAGUUUCUGUUGCACCUGGUCUCUGCAUCGGGAACACAGACAGCCGCCACUACACUGACCUGGCCAAGGACAUCUAUCGCUUUGCACCUACCUGGAUCAAACCAGGGGACACCCAGAGGUUCCAUGGUAUUAACGAGAGGAUUUCUAAGAAGAACUACGAGGAACUGGUGGUCUUUUACUUCAAUCUGAUCCAGAACUGUGACAUCAAGGAGCUCCCUUCUCCCCACGGUGCUGGCCAUGAGCUCUAAAGCACUAGGGUAUUUGGGGGCCACUAUUACAUUCAUAAUCUACUGUGAUUUCCGGACUAUUAAGCGCACCUGAAUAUAAGCCGCACCCACUGAAUUAAAAAAUAUAUAUUAUUUUGAACAUAAAUAAGCCGGUACAUUGAAACAAAUGAACUUUACACAGGCUUUAACGAAACACGGCUUGUAACAAAAAUAAAUAGGCUUUAACGAAACACGGCUUGUAACAAAAAAUAAAAAAUUAGCAGUAA